GCACGGGCGGCCCUUGGGGCCUGAGCAGGAAGGCCUGAAGGGACGCCCGCAGCCCCCUCUCCCUGCAGGCUACGAGCAGCGGGCCGGGCCGACCCUGAAGACAGAAUGAGGGGGGCGCCCCUCCUCCCCACCCUGCUCCUCCUGCUGCCGGGCCUGGCCGACGCGCUGGGGUCUGCAGCCUGCGGGCAGCCUCGCGUGUCCAGCCGGAUCGUGGGGGGCCGGGACGCCCGGGACGGAGAGUGGCCGUGGCAGGCGAGCGUCCAGCGGCACGGCGUGCACGUGUGCGGGGGCUCGCUCGUCGCGCCGCAGUGGGUGCUGACGGCCGCGCACUGCUUCCCCAGGUGGGCGCCGCCUUCCGAGUACCGCGUGCAGCUGGGCGCCCUGCGCCUGGGCCUGCUGUCGCCGCGCGCGCUGGCGGCCCCGGUGCGGAGGGUGCUGCUGCCCCCCGACCACUCCGAGGACGGCGGCCGCGGGGACCUGGCCUUGCUGCAGCUGCGCCGCCCGGUGGCCCUCAGCGCCCGCGUGCAGCCCGUGUGCCUGCCGCAGCCCGGGGCCCGCCUGCCCGCCGGCACCCCCUGCUGGGUCACGGGCUGGGGCAGCCUCCAGCCGGGAGUGCCCUUCCCUGAGUGGCGGCCCCUGCAGGGGGCAAGGGUGCCCCUGCUGGACGCCCGCACCUGUGACCGCCUCUACCACGUGGGCACGGACGUGCCCAGCACAGAGCGCAUCGUGCUGCCCGGGAACCUGUGUGCCGGCUACGCGGAGGGUCACAAGGACGCCUGCCAGGGCGACUCUGGGGGCCCCCUGACCUGCGUGAAGUCGGGGCGCUGGGUGCUGGUGGGAGUGGUGAGCUGGGGUAAGGGCUGUGCCCUGCCCAACCGCCCGGGCGUCUACACCAACGUGGCCACCUACAGCCCCUGGAUCCAGGCCCGCCUCGGCCUCUGAUGCAGGCACCGACCAGACGCAAGGGGCGGCCGUGCCCACCCUCGGCCUCGUCUGAGGGGCUCGCCACACGCCAACUCUUCCGGGGUCUCCCCGCUUCCGGGGCUGAGGCCGCCCCCUCGCCUCCCUUCCCGCUCAGAGGAACUCAGCUCCAGCCCCACCCAGAGCCAGGCAGGCAGGCCCGUACCCAGCCCGCCUGUGUGCCCGUCCCGUGCCCGUUCUGGGGGAGUCGCGGAGACGAGGUGAGAGGGAUUUCUUUCCAGAGCUCCCGUGAGCAGCCCCGGCUGACAGCCAUCCGGAAGGGGAGGCCAAGGCUGGGAACCCGAGAGCAUGGAAGCGGAUUUGUGGCCAGCCCUGACCAGAGCCGGACGCCCCCA